AUGCUAUCUUCAAGCCAAUAUGCGGGGCCUCUGACGGCUCUUUUUGCACCGAAAGCGCCUGCUGGAGCGCAUUCAGGAGGUGGGAGCAGGACGGAAAGGGAGGACCGGCCCUCCACCGGGCUCGCUGCUCUACUUGCUGCCUCAGCGAGCAGCGCCACCCGGACCGACAAGUCAGCAAGUGCUGGUACACGCUCCCUGCCUUUCCACUCUUCUGCUCCACCACUUCCCAAAGAUUGGGCGCCAGUCGAGCGUACGGCCCUGUUACGUAGCAUCCGUCAACUUUUAGGACCAGACAAUGACAAGCAAGACAUGAACACGCGGUCGUUUGGCAGUCUGUACGACGCAUGCCGCACUCUCAUCGUGCACGCUGAUGCGGGCCAAGAUAUCUUCGAUGGGCUGAAGGGCGCUCUACAGCGUGCUGUGGGAGCAAGGGCAUCCUCGCUCAGAGCAGCGAGCUCCGAUCCCAAGCCUGAAGCUGCUUUCGCUUGGCUCGACAGCCUCGCAGCAACUUGGCAGGAUUGGUGCGACAGGAUCGUGAGUUUGGUAAGAACGACCUUGAAGCAUAUCUAAAGUUCUCGGACCUGACUUCGCUGCUCACGACUCUCAUGCUCUCCCCAGGAGCUCGUCAGGAGCGUACUGUCACCGCUGGACCAGAAUUAUCUUUUGCCACGCAAGCCAAGCGGUGUCGAACCCAUCCGGUUGGUGGCCACGUGUUGUGCUGCGUGCGGUGGAGAACAAGCAGAGCUGACUUAUUCGCGUCAUGGUUGCUUUCUCCGACAGUGACCUCGCCAUGAGAACCUUCAAGGAGAGCAUCGUUGAGGAUGCUGAGCUCCAGCAGAGGCUUUUGACCGCGGUCACACUAGCGAUCAAUACGGAAAGGUGAGGACGAGUGUUACUCCUGCCUUGCUGCUCAGCACCUGAUUCACUUGUGAGGCACGACUCCUGGCAGGCAAACGGAUACCGCGAAUCACCGCGAUCGUCACGCCGCUGUUCUCGAAAUGCUUCUGCGCCUGGACUCCUACUCACCUCUCGAGGCUGCGAUUCACGAGUCGACUAGCGAGUUCUACCAGAAGGAAGCCUCUGCUCUGACCGAAUCACUCGAUGUCGCAAAGUACUUGGGCUACGUCUCACAACGACUCUCACAGGAGGAAGAGCGGGCCAAUGCGUUGCUGCACGGCUCAGCAGGACAAGUAAAGAACGUCUCCGUUGUCCUUGCGCGUCUCGUCAGUGAUCACAGCCUCUUGCUAGUCGCUGGCUUUCCGGCAUUAUUGCAGGCCAACGACGUCGCUUCCCUUGCGCGCCUCUACGCUUUGCUGUCUCGCGUUUCCGGUCUUGCAGACCUCAAGACUGCGUGGGCAACAGAGCUGCGCGCGAGUGGCCAAUCCAUGGUGCUCGACAGCAGCAUCGACGAUACACUCAUUGAGCGCAUCCUUCAGUACAAAGCAAGGACGGACAACAUCGUGAAAGAAGCUUUCGGCGCGGACUCCGAGUUUACUCACAGGCAGCAGGAAGCGUUCGAAAGCUUCAUCAACGCACGCGGCAACCGCGUAGCCGAGCUGAUAGGUGCGGCUCCAAGAAGCGUCUUGCUCUUGAUUCUCAGAGUGCUGAUGCAAACUUCCCGGCUAUCCUUACGUCCCAUUUUUCUGCAGCCAAAUUCCUUGACGUCAAGCUCAAACAAGGCAACAAGACCAUGACAGAUGCAGAGCUGGAAGAGGCGCUCGACGAUGCUCUGGUCUUGUUUAGAUACACCCACGACAAAGACAUGUUCGAGGAAUUUUACAAGCGCUCGUUCGCCAAACGACUCCUCCUGAACAGAUCAGCCUCUAGCGACGCAGAGCAGAGCAUGCUUCUCAAGCUCAAAGACGAGUGUGGCGCAGCGUUCACCAACAAGUUGGAGACCAUGCUCAAGGUGCGUCUUUGCCUCAAGACUGAAGCGCAGACAACGUGCUUACUGUUCUUGCUCAACGAAGCAGGACAUCACCUUGUCAGAGGACAUCAUGAAAGGCUAUGAGAUGGGAGAGGCACGAGCGAAGGCGGACGGCCGAGAAGUCAGCUUUGACUUCUCAGCCCAUGUCCUGACCCAGGCACACUGGCCUACGUACCCGCAAAGCGAGCUGAUCAUUCCAAGUGACGUGAGUAUUGUUACGCUCGAUGUAGCUUCUGUGCCUUUUCCCAGUGCUGACCAGAUCAACGACUCGAGCCGUUGCAGAUGGCUGCGGUACUCGAGCGCUUCAAAGCUUACUAUCAGUCACGUAACUCGGGUCGCCGGCUGACUUGGGCUCACUCCCUCGGCACCUGCGCCCUCAAAGCGAACCUCCCGCGAGCUGGAGAAAAGGAAUUGCACGUCUCCACUUACCAGAGUCUCGUCAUGCUUCUUUUUAAUGAUGAGGAGCGCUUACGCUACGAGCAGAUCAAAGAGCGCGUCGGUCUGGAUGACAAGGAGCUGAGAAGGACCUUGCAAGUGAGUUCGCCGAGACGGCCGCCCCUGCUCCUCGACGUAGCCUGCAUUUCCUAGAUGCCCAUUCCUUGCCACGUUUGCGCAGUCGCUGGCCUGUGGUCAGAUCCCCACACGUGUCUUGCGCAAAGAUCCGCAAGGCAAAGAUGUCAAUGAUGGCGACUGCUUUGUCGUCAAUCCGGCCUUGAAGAACGAGCGUCAACGCGUCCGCAUCAACCAAAUUCAAAUGGCCGACACCGUGAGUGGAAGGUCUUCUUCACCCUUGCACGCAUCAGCACCUUGACAUUUGUCUCGCUCCUUUCUUGACCCCCAAUUUCGACACCUCAGGUCGAGGAGCAGAGCUCGACUCGCGACCGCGUCAUGUUCGACCGCAACAUGAUCGUAGAUGCAGCCGUUGUGCGAAUUUUGAAAGCCAAAAAGCAGAUUCGGCAUGCGGAGCUCAUUACAGAAGUCGUGGAUGCCACAAAAUCGUGAGAGACUGCCGUGGACAUUCGCUCGAGCAGGAGGGCUGAUUGUCUUCGACUUCAAACGCAUCACAGCCGAUUCGCGCCUGACAUCCGUGAGAUCAAGAAUAGGAUUGAGACACUCAUUGACCGAGAAUACCUCGAGGUGGGUCAAUUCGCACCUCCGCCAACCGCAUAUAGGGCUUUCGCUGACUCCGCUCGCUUUGCGCGAACAGCGAGUGGAAGGCGAACGAGGACUAUAUCGCUAUGUCGCCUGA